UCUCUCUCUCUCUCUGACAGGUUCAGCUGAGUGCAGGAGGAAACGGUAAAAUUGACUGUAAAUAUCCAUGACGCCGUUGCAGUCGUAGGAGAAACAGCUGCGUUUAGCAAACAAACAGAUACAUAAACCCCUCUCCCCGCGGGUGAGAGGAGAGCCAAAGCACCACCACCACCACCGCCUCUCCACUUCCACCACCUCUACGAAAACCCCACCACCAACAAAAACAACCUCAGAAGCAGGGCGCACAUUCGUAACUGAAAGAAAAAGCAAAGCCUACUACCCCAUAAAUAGUUGUAUUAAAUAUUGCCAUCAAAAUUGUUUAUACUGGCAUCAUGGCACUGGACUUUGUGGCCACAUAUAAGAUAUUGGUGCUAGGGGACUCGAAUGUCGGCAAGACGUGCAUUGUGCACAGAUACUGCGACGAGAAAUACUACGACACAUACAUCUCCACCAUCGGCAUAGACUUCAAGCAGAAACUGAUUAAUCUCGAUGGUGUGCCCAUAAAACUGCAAAUCUGGGACACGGCCGGGCAGGAGCGUUUUCGUACAUUGACAACAGCGUAUUAUCGUGGCGCUAUGGGCAUACUGCUCAUGUACGAUGUGACCAAUCUGGAGAGCUAUAACAAUUUGUCCUAUUGGUUGCGCAACAUCCAGGAGAAUGCCUCGCCAGAUGUGGUCAAGGUGCUGGCGGGUAACAAAUGCGAAUGCUCCACCACACAGCGAAUGGUCGACAAGGACAGGGGUGAAAAGAUAGCUGAAAACUUUGACAUGCCCUUCUUUGAGGUCUCGUGCAAAUCGAAUAUCAACAUUGAAGAUGCGUUUCUGUCGCUGGCCCGCAAAAUACGCGAACAACGAGAGCGACGGGGCGACAACUUUGACAACGAGGAGAACAAAGACAAGAAAUCCCCUGGAUCGAAUGGCCUCGGCACCUUCAGCCUUGGCAGUCUAUCCGGCGAGAAUCGCUGCACCUGCUAGAUGUUAGAUGAUACACGAAAUGCGAUCGCAACCGCAAACCGAAUACAGAAAACCUGAGAACCAAGUUGUCCAAAGCUGUUGAAGCUGCAUUGUAGCCCAAGUAUGUGGCGCACACCAAAUGCCAAGAUAUUACAACAGAAAUAAUACGAAACCAAAGCGCGAGAUGAACAUUUUAAAUGCAAAUAAGAGGGUCGAUGGGUGGCAAUGGAUGCCUGUAUUAAAUUCGAUAUAUUGUAUGUGUAUGUACAAUACAGAUUGUGCAUUUUAAGGGUACAGAUAGUCCAAGAAACAUAGCAUAAAUAUUUUAGCAUAUUCCUGCAAAUACCAUAACAAGGUCGAUUAUACAUGCAUAUUGUCUCGAUUCCAAUAAUUAUAAUCUAAUGCUAAAAAUACAUUUAUACUCGUAAGAAACGAAA